AUGGACCUGCGCUUGUCUGCCGAUGAGUGCGAAGAUGCGGCCGCCGGCUUCAGCACCUUCCGUGCCCCUCUUGCCGAGCACGCAACAGAAGUGACGGCGCUGAUGUCCGAUUUCUAUGCCCUCAGCUCAACUCUAGGUAGUUUGGCGGACCUAAUUAAGGAUCCUCGCUACCGUCGCAAUUGGCCUCUUGUCCAGGGUGAUCUGGAAUUGGUGCGCUUGAGUCUGAAGUACACUAUUGAGGAUAUCCUCGAUUUCUUUGCCCGCCUCGAUGGCGGUAAAGCCACCCAGGCGGGCUACAAGCGAGUUUGGUUGGAUCUGUCCCGGUUCUUCUGGGAUGAGUCGCAGUAUGCACUAGGUACUCGCUUGGCGCAGUAUAAGACGUUCCUGCGGGAGAUAGCCGACUUCAUGAAAGGCCGUGGUCACGAUCUACCGCUUAUCGCGGGCUAUCGAGCUUCUUUGAAGACCCUUAUGGCUUCACAAGAACAACGUGUUGCAGCGCGCUUUGCGCGCCUGUCGUUGGGUCGUAACCCGCCUUCGAGCGAUAGUACUGAUCCUCCAAGCCCAGUCAGUGAUCGUCGGCCACGCCGUCGUUCCUUUGAGCGUGCUCGUCCACCCCAUUUGUCCCCGCAAUCGCCUCUCUCACCUCAGUCGCCAAUUUCUAACCCGUUUUUCGACAUCCCUCCAUCCGCACCGGAGGCACCGCACACGCCCGAUGUGAGUUCGACCUUGACCGGAUCUACAUCUACCACCACGGCUACCAGCCAAUCGACCCAUUCUGAUGCGGUCCAAUACCAUUGGAUUAGAGAAGCGUUCACCAACUAUGGAUCCGGAACACCAAUCCCGAUUUCAUCAGACAAGGCCGGAUGUUUCGGUGAGCCCCAGUCUGGAGUCAAGGCAAUACUCAAAGAGCAGGGAUUCGAGCAACUUCUUCAACUCGCCUUCAACGACUCUUCAAAUAUGACUAUAUACUUCUUCCUCCGAGAGACAGAUCAUCGCGUUCGAAUUGUCAUCAAGGUUCCCCAUCGAACCAAACCCAGCGAGUACUUCUGCUUGCCUCUCAACAUGCUAGAAAUUCUUAGACAGGAUUCCUGUCUUCAGCUGUGUCGGAGGCGGCGUGCUGGAACCGAGCUUGUCUUGUGGGCUACUCUUAAAUUCACGACUAUUGAAAGCAAGUGUAUGGUUGUAUUCUUCACCACGUUCUUAGCUCUCCGCUCUCAAGACUCGGGCCGACCCGUGGACAACAUUCGGGACUAUGAAAUGGAAGACGAAGAAGAGCUUUAUGGCGGCCAAAUAAUUGAUGAUACCUACCGACAUGCUCUACGUGUCUAUCAGGAUACCGUGUCUGGAGCCAUCAGGCUACAGGCAUCCGUCCACCUGAGUGAAAUGGAUCGAACUCCUGUGUGGACCGCUUUCGUGACUCCGCAGCUUGGCCGACGCGGAUGGCUUCUCCGUCUGGAUCAACGCACGGUCCUGGUGCGCGAGUUGAAACCGAUCAUUCUGAUGUCGGCCGAGGAUUACAAUCCCCCCAGUGACCUCGCGGGGAGAGCAUGUUUUAAAAUUUGCUUCAAGCGG